AUGCAGGGUCGUUUGUCUGCUUGGCUAGUCAAACACGGGCUAGUUCAUAGAUCUUUGGGCUUCGAUUACCAAGGAAUAGAGACUUUACAAAUAAAGCCCGAAGAUUGGCAUUCCAUUGCUGUUAUUUUAUAUGUAUAUGGUUACAAUUAUUUACGUUCUCAAUGUGCUUAUGAUGUAGCACCAGGCGGGCUGUUAGCUAGUGUGUAUCAUCUUACGAGAAUAGAAUACGGUGUGGAUCAACCAGAAGAAGUAUGCAUAAAAGUAUUUGCUUCAAGGAGGAAUCCUAGAAUUCCGUCCGUUUUCUGGGUUUGGAAAAGCGCGGAUUUUCAAGAACGGGAAUCUUAUGAUAUGUUGGGAAUCUCCUAUGAUAAUCAUCCACGCUUGAAACGUAUUUUAAUGCCUGAAAGUUGGAUAGGAUGGCCCCUACGUAAGGAUUAUAUUGUCCCCAAUUUUUAUGAAAUACAAGAUGCUUAUUGAAUGGUAAGGAAUUUAUUUUCACUUCUACGACAUAAAGACUUUUUAUAUUAUAUAUGUUCUGCUCUAGAUUAAAUAGAGUAACUGAUGUCCCGCAGGUAUUCUAUAUAUGAAAUAUGGAUAGAUAAAAAAAUAAAAGACAAGUCACGAAUUCAUUGAGAUUUGAAAAAGUUUUCUUUUGGAUGAGCUAAGAACCGAUAGAAUGAACUAAAAAGUUAUGUAUUAUGAACUUUGUACCGCGUAUCCAUCAAUUACUUACUUAGAGGGGUCAGAAAGUCCUAUACCUAUAAAUUCUUAUAUUAUUAGGAAAUCAAGAAAUAUAUACCAAAGGGAAUCUGAUUCUAUUUGGAAUUUAUCUAAGAUAAUUCUUAUUUAUCGUCAUCCUUUAACUCUUCGAGACUCUAUUUUUAUUUGAGUGUUUCAACUUUUUUUGAAUAUUUGGAAUAUGUAUGAAGUAUUAAUAUGCAUUUUGUCUGAGAGUAAACACAAUAUGAACAAAUAAAAAAAAUCGAAAACAUAAAAAAAUUCGUUAUUUUCAUUUUACUUUUAAAAACUUUGGAUCCAUCUAUUUUUUUUUUAGGGAUAGGUGGGGUAUCUUGGGCGAUAACUAGCUAAAUAACUUAUAUCAAUUCUACUAAGUUAUUCAGUAAUUCCUUUUGGUUCUCGACUUGUUCUAGCCGAUUUAAGUAUUGGUGUUUUUUUAUGGAUUGCCAUUUCAAGUAUUGCUCCAAUUGGACUUCUUAUGUCAGGAUAUGGAUCAAAUAAUAAAUAUUCCUUUUUAGGUGGUCUACGGGCAGCUGCUCAAUCAAUUAGUUAUGAAAUACCAUUAACUCUAUGUGUGUUAGCAAUAUCUCUACGUGUGAUUCGUUGAAACAUGGGUCUACCCUUGCCUCAUUUCUUUUUAUUUUGGGUUUCUAAGAAUAAAAAUGAAAUGGAUUGAAUAGUAUCUUCCUUUUUGUUAGUUACUGAUCGGGUUGAUAAAGUAAACCAGAUAGUUAGAUGAGUGAAAGAAAACAGCUUUCAAAUUUGCAGUAAAAAGUUGAAUCUCAUUGCCUAUGUACAAGGGUUAAACAAAAAUAAACAUAAGCCGUCAAGGCUGUUUCCCCCAAGAUUGGUUAUCCUGACUUGAAGCGGGUUGAAACGAAUUAUGGAGUUUUUACUUUCUUUUUUUUUUCUCUGUAUAAAAAUGGAUGAUAUGAAUUACCAUAGAGGUUGAAUAAACAUGAGUGGAUGAUUAGGAACACCAAAGUACACAAAGGAUUUGUAUGUAAUAGAGAUUGUGUAACUUAUCCGACGAGAUAUUUUUACAUAAAAUAAAUACGAAUUGAGACUUUAAAUUUGUAGAAAUGAUCAAGUAGUACUCCCACAAAUUCCGAUCCAGAGUAUGCUCCUAUCCACUGAUUAAGUGAAUAACUAUCAGGAACGAAGUAAUCUUUUACUUUUUUAUUUUAAGACUAAAAAAAAUCCAGGAAAUAAGAGGUCGAAAAAAAAAAGAUAA